AUGGCCUACUGCACCAUUGAUACUCCAGUCCCCCUCCGGUCACCCUACAUCAACCUCCACGGAUGGCCGGAACCCAACCGCUGCCGCCGGUCUCUGGGUGUCCACGGGACGCAAGCUAGGGUUGUGGACAGCAGAUCAUGCAGGCAAAUGUACUUGAGGAGCUAUACGUUUUCAAGAAAAGAAAGCUUUGAAGAAAAAACCAAGAAACGGUUUGGCAAAGUUAGAGAAAGAAUCAACAGGGGAAUAUCAAGAAAGAGAUCAUCUUCAGAUGGGGAAAGAGAGUACUCUCUGAGAAGGGUGCCGUGUGCUGCUUUGUUGUCUAUGUUUAGGAGAUUGAUGGUGUCUUGCACAACCAAGGUUGAUAUUGCUGAAGAUUGA